AUGGAGCGCGAGCUGGAGGCCCUGGCCCCGCGCCCCGCCGAGCCGCCGCCGCCGCCGCCGCCGCCUCCGUGGCAGGCGCUGCUGGAAGCCUUGGGCGGCCGCGGGCAGGUGCUGCUGGUGGGCGAGCUGUGGGAGCGCGAGCAGAGCCGGGCGCUGCUGCGGGACUUCGCGCGGGCGCUGUUCCCCAGCGAGCCCGCGGGCCGGGGCGCGGAGCCCACGAUCGCCGGGGUGCCGGCGCAGGGGGCCCCCGGCCGGGCGGCCACGCGCGCCAUCCGCUCGCCUCUUGUCUUCGUGCUGUGCCGGGCCGCGUCGCUCGCCGCCCGGGAGCCGAGGCGCGUCGUGCGGGAGAUGCUGCGGGACGUGCGCGGGCGGCGGCGGGCGGGCGCGGCGCUGGUGGCCGUGCUGGUGGCCGAGGCCGAGGCGGACGACGCGGGCACUCACCCUGCGUGGGCCAUGCGGCGGCUCGAGGCUCUGCUGCGCUCCGUGUUCGGCCGCCAAGCGGGGGGGCCCGUGCUGGCCGCCGCCUACCGCCCCGAUCGCCCCGCGUCCUGCCUGGACGUCCAGGCGGCGGCCUGCCGGGCUCUGCAAGCCGCUGGGCCCCUGCGACCAGCAGAAGAAACACUGGAGAGACGGGGCCUCCCAGCCCUGCUGGCCUGCUUUGCCUGGGGUGGCUGGAGCCGGGAGAAGGAACCAGAUGCCACCUCUUCCGGUGGCCCAGCUCAGGGUCACUGCAGGGACUCUGAGGAGGAGCUGGCUCUGACAGCCAUCACCCCCAAUGGACACUGUGACUAUCCCUCCAAAGACCACCAAGCCUGCAGAGAAGCCAUGAGCACAGCCAUGGAGUCCAGGGGAGAGCCGAGAUGAAGCUUCAAAGUGCAGCAGGGACCUGUGUGCAGAAAGACCUGUGUCUCACGGGUCACUGUGGAGAGGCUGCACCCAAACAGCCACCAGCCAGGCAGGUGGCUAUGCCCAGCAGGCACGACCUACCAUCUUGCUCGCUCCCUACUCCCAAGCAAGGAGAGGAGGUCUUCUUGGGGCAUCCUGGGAGUGUUUGCUCAAGGAUUCAUCAUUCCAAGUAUGGUUGGAGAAAAGCCCCCACUGGGUGUCAGCAGAUUUGGACAUGCAAUCUUUGACAUGGCACUUGGCCUUUGAGGCUUUUGUGUUCCAAAUACAGGGGGGCUACCAUACCCCUGUGUAUGUGUGUGUAUGUAUGUGUGUGUGUGUGUGUGUGUGUGUGUGUGUGAGAGAGAGAGAGAGAGAGAGAGAGAGAGAGAGAGAGAGAGAGAGAGAGAGAGCUAGAAAGGGGCAUUUGAGAAAAUACUACAACUAUGGGCACUCUUGGCAUUGAGACUGCAUCUUACCAUACACAAAAGUGCCUCCUAAAAGCCCAGAAUUGUUUCACCAGAAGUGCCAGUCAGGGCACUUCCCUUCUCCCUGCCCAUCCAGGAAGAGGUCCCAGAACUAAGAACCCGGCUUCCUGGGGCUUGGCACCCAACAAGGCCCAAUAAAGCCUGCUCUGCUCUAGAGCCAGUUGUGCCAGUGCCAGCUCUGGGCAUUUUUCCAGGCCCAGGACGUGGAGAGCUGAGAGCUUGGAAAGCACCACUCAUCUGCUCUGAAGGAUGCAGGACCUGCCUGCGGCCUUACCAGAAGGUGUAUCUGAUAUAGGAAAGCCAGUGCCCAGGACUUGCUUGCAGUUCCAGGGUCUGGCACAAGGCCAAGGUCAAAGCAAACUUAGCUCAGAGGUGCCACAGUUUGUCUGUGCCUACAAGUCGGAGCUGAAGAUGGUCCCCUCUGCACCAGGAAGGCCCCCUGUGAACUAAGGGAGGCUGAGUGGAGUGGCAUUGGAGAAAUCC